UCUGGUCAUACUGUGUGUUUAUUUACAUUUUCAUAGUUUUUUGAAAUCGAAAAAAUCUUAAUUUAAUACAGGGAAAGUAAUUUAACAAAGCUAAAAUCAGUUUGUAACCAUGCCCAAAGUAGUAUCGCGUAGUAUCGUCUGCUCCGAUACCAAGGAUCAGGAGGAGUACAAUGAGGAGAAGCCGCUGAACAUUUACUAUUGCCUAUGCAACAAGAUGGCUUUGAUUCUGGACUGCACCCUGGAUCAGUUGCCCCUUCGCGAGUUGGACAAUGCCCGGGUGAUAAACGCCAACGACCAUGCUAACAAACUUACCUACAACCCGACACCAAAAAUGAUUUACAUAAAGCGAAAGAGCAGGGGGAAUGCAAUAGAAAAGCAGUAUCGCUAUAAAUGCCGUAGCUGCAAUUUGCCACUUUACUACCGCCACAGUCCCGACUCCCAGGUGACCUUCAUCAUGUCCAAUGCUCUGAUCCGCAACAAAGGCGAGAGCUCUCUCACCCAACUCCUCAACUCUGAGGCUAAGGGCAGUGCAAAGACCCCGGCUGCCAAGCCAGCAUCAUCCACAGGAGCUGACGAUUCGGGAAUAGUGGAUGCAAGUGGUAAGAAGGUGAUGGUUACCAGGCACACCAAGAACAUGGGCAAGUUUAGCUCGGUCACGGUGUCUACUAUUGAUGAGGAGGAGGACGAAAUAGAGGCGCGCGAGAUUGCCGACAGCUAUGCGAACAAUGCAAGGAUCAUCGAAAAGCAACUGCAGCGUAAAGGCGGAAAACUCAGCGAUGUGGGAAUCAAAAGCAAAGCAGAAGAUGCGCCUCCUCCUUCGAAAAAGCAACGCGGCACGCUACUGGAAAGAUAGUCUUAACUUAAUCCACAUAAAUAUACUAAUUGAUUAUAUUUAAAGAUUUCAUGAGCUUAAGAAUAACUAUGCAACAGUGUAAUGUG